UGCAGGAAAAUUGUGAAAAAAGAAAAUAAACUUUUCCCGGACAAACUGGUUUGCUGUCUUGGAGCGUAAAAGUGUAAAUUCUCUAAAUGUUUGCGUGCUGCAUUGAAUUUAAAUGUUGUCCUGCUGAUCAGCAUAAUGUAGUAUGCAAUUUGUCCACUACGUGAUUAAUUGGCGCUGCGGCACCAAAUGUCAAUGUGUAAAAUUAGAAAAGAACGAAAAGAUAACCAAAAAAGAAACAAAUUGUUUAACUAAUGUUUUCUAGAGGAAAUAAACGUGAAAAUUUGUUUAACGAAGCGAAAACGGUGUAUUAAAGUGUGAUUACUACCAACCCGGAACCGGUCACGAUGGCAAUGGAGAUUAUGAAGGGGUACAACGAUUUACAGCAGGAGCUGGACCGUGCAAGAUGUAACCUGAAGGGCCUAAAUGAUAACAUUCGGAGAAUAUUUGGACGCGAUCCGGCCAACACGGAACAAUACAACAACAACGGUCGGGAUGAUGCUACCGGACCGUAUACCCCGAAUGGGGGAAACAAAAAAAGUCCCAUCGUGAAAGACAUGUACGAUUCCCGCAAGCGAAGCUCAGUCGGGUUCGAUUCACCUCAUGGGAUGGGACCGCGCCGGGACCACGGUAGAGCAUACCCAGACCUGGGCCAGAAUCCAGCCAAACGGCGUGCCAUAGGAGAAACUAAGUCCGUUUUCAGUCGCCUAUCGGGACCUCCGAAUCGUGAUGUGGACUACGAGAAGCCUCGAAUUUUUUCCCGCGUUAUCAAGGAGCAACCCUCCAAGGAGGACAUUGUGGCGGCACAAGGAUCGGACGAACGGUCCCGCGCUCGUAAUCGUCGCAUCUUCGGUUCACUGUUGGGUACGCUGCAAAAGUUCUCACAGGAGGAGUCGAAACUGAAAUCCAAAGAGGAGAAGAAAGCAAUGAUUGAGAAGAAGCUAGAGGAGCAGGAAAAAAUGGAACGGGAAAACAUGCUCAAGGAGAAGCAAUGCCUGUUCACGGAUCGCAAACGGCAACAGCUGGAAAUCCGUGCACUGGAAACGAAGGUGACCAUGCUGAAAGCGCUGGAAACGUGGGAAAACUCGAAACGACCGCUGCAGAAUUUUAUUAAAACAAAAACAAACCCACCGAUUUAUUACCUACCAAAGCGGAUGAAUGCUGCCAUGGAAAAGAAAUUGGCCGAUUGCCAGCAGGAGCAACAAAAAAUAAUGGAAGAAAAGCGACAAGAAGUGAUGGAAAGCAUUGAAGCGGUUGAAGCACGGUUCAGAGCUGACAUCAAGUCGCUGGAGGAACACGAUGCAAAGGAUCGUUCCAAUGCCGGUGGUUACGAUCGGGUAAAGUCCUCUGCCAAUUUCGAUGAAAGCAUCGGUGGCGGUUCAAAGCAUGAUCGAUCAAAGAUGGACGAAGAUGAAGAGGACGAUGAUCCGCACAGUUCGUAUCACUACGAGCAGGACGAACAGCUUGAAGUGCCCGAAGGGCCUGCCUUACCAGCAUCGAUGGUAUCAAGAUUUAAAAUUACGAUUCAUAACACAGACCAUAAGCAUGUCGUAGAUACGAUUGAACGGCGGGAUGUUCCUUCGGAAGAGUCGAAACCCAUACGGCUGUUGUCAUCGGACAACAUGGAGGAAGGCGCAUCCGUUAUGGAAAUGGACGAAGAUUCGGAAAGUAUCAGUCGACGCAAGACCUCCAUCGAUCGUUCGUCAAAGAGCAUUCAGAUCACGUUCCGGGCGUCCAAUCCCGAUGAUAAUUGAUCGUAUUAUGCGAAGCGUUUUAAAAGUACAGGAAGAAAUAUAUCUCGGCAUUAGUUCUUCCGAUUUUUAGUUUGCAAGCACAGUACUACUCCGGUUAUACGAAAAGCACAGAUCGUACCUGUUGCAAGUGUAAUCGCAAUUGAAAUUAUUAAUUUUACCCAUGGUUUACCACAUUUGAACCUGUCUUUAGGGACCGUGUCUUAACAUUUCGCAAGCUGUGUAGCUCGAAUGGUUUUGAUUAAGGCUGCCCAAGUCAAAAUCUCAUAGGCAGGAAUUCGGUUAGGGGAACUUUUGGCAAUUCAGAUAAUAUUUAGUCCUAAAGAAGUUUUUUUUAAUGAAUUGAAUUUAAUUGUAAACCAAAUGCUGAUUUCUUAGCUGAGGGUCCAAACGUUUCAAACAAUGCAUUCUGUUCUUGCGAGUUCAGAUAAUCGACGUUGUACUGUUGCCCCUGGGAGUUCAUAUUGUCAUGCUAUAAAGCUUUCUGUGGCGAAGCGAAGUGACUUUCUGCAGUUCAUAAAUGCAAUUUGUAAUGUGUUUUUUUUUCUAUCUGCAAAAUGCAGAAUCUGUUUUGCUUUGAAUCCAACUGUUCGAAGCAUAAAACCAACAAAAUUGUACGAUUAAUCUCUAGCUCAUAUGAUUCAUUUUUACACGGUACACAUAUAAUUGCUACGUCGAAUUGUACAGCUUACACAACCGUAUUGCUUGUAGGCGUGUAGUUUACAUCGUAAGAUAGAUGCUAAGAAUGAUUAGAAGCGAUAGGCAAAACUCAUCGAUAACAAGUGUGUGCGAUCUGUUAUCGAUACUGCGAAUCGUAAACCUAAUGCAGUAAGUCAUAAUAUUACAGUAGUAAAUAAAAAUAAAAACCAGUUUUCAUACUUCCCAUAA